AGGAAUCAGAAUUUGCUGCUGAGCAGGUAGACUUGUAUGAUGAUGUUUUGGCAGCAUCAAGUCACCCGUCAUCAAUCAAUGAUGGGAAAAGUGUCUUCAUGGAACCUCCAUCUCCUAUACAGUCAACAGCUUCCAAACUAAACAAACCUCCUUCCAUCCUGUAUACGUACAACAAUCUGCGCAAGAAAGCAUCAAUAUAUGUUGGAAAUUUCACAUGGGUGAGUCUUGUACCUGUGAAUCUGUAUUACCAGUGAACAUAGAAUGUACUGUAAAAAAAACAGUACUACUCUGUGACCAAGGCAAGUGCCACAAAUUGUCUUUAUUGCACAUUAACAGAGAUGAUUUUUAUUUAUUUAUUGAGUUUAUAAAUUCAUUGUCUUCAUUUUAUUUCAAACUGUUUUCGUAGUGGACGACAGAUCAGCAGCUUCUCUCUGCGAUCCGCUCUGUUGGUGUGCGGGAUCCUGUGGAGCUGAAGUUUGCAGAGAACCGAGCUAACGGACAGUCUAAAGGGUGAGAGGAGAAAGCUGUAACUAUUAUUAUGAUUUCUUUAACAUUGGAGAGUUCUAAAGUGCACAGUAAGAGCACCUAGUUGGACUGACAUUAAAUAAAUCUAUUGAAUAGAUUAGAGAGAGCUUUGGUAACACACAUACAAUCUACAGGGAAAUAGGACAGGUGAAGCUGUGAGAAUGGCAGACACUGCAGUGUUUACAUGCCAGUUAAAGGGAGCAGAGACAUGUACAAUUGAUACUAUAAUCGUGGUAGCAGUGCACGUCGUUAUUUAGGAUCAAGUAAUUAUUGCACUAGUCCAGAACAGACCAUGAAUAAUGAGAUUUCAUAGAACACGUGUUAUUGUAUGAGCGAGAAAGCAAAUAUGAUUUAUUUUUCAGUCUUAUAUUAAUUAUCUAAUACUCCACAUUAAAGGAAUUCCUCAAGCACUAAAACCAUUAGAGCCAAGGGUAGCAGUUAAGGUGCUAGGACUUCCCUGGCUCUCUCUUGGAGUAAGUAGUAAUUUGGCAACUUCCGUGAGGUACGACAGGUGCCCAGUGCUGCCUUCCCUGGAACCAGAGCUCCUAAAAGGAGUUUCCGAUAGCUCCACUGAGCUAAGCCCUGCCAUGCAGGCCCAACCCAUGGACUAAGAGCUUCAACUGGACUUGGUUCAAUGAUAGAGCUUUCUGGUUACAGAGAAGGUGACUGUGGACACCAGGUUAGUUGUCAAAUUAUUCGCACUACUGCAGGUUGUAAUGGCUAUUUUGUUUAGAAUGUUCCUUUAACAAUACACUUAGGGGGUCUAUUCGCUAAACACAGUUGUUACUAUUUGCUACAUUGUGUCAAAUUUCCAUUUGUCUGCAGUUUGGUUUCUCGUUGAAAUGAGCUGAAUCUCAGUAUAAUUUUUCUGAUCUGACUAUUUACCAACAGCUGAAUUGCAACACUAACCUUAAAUCUCCCUGAAACCAAAUGAAAUAAUACUUUCUCCAGUGCACCUGUCACUCUUCCAGAUUAACGUGUUACCAUGGUGCCUUGUCUGCCUACAUGUUUCAGCCAGGAAAGUACAGUGGACACGCUGUACGGGGGGGGAGGGAACCAGCAUAAAAACAGAGGCUAUAAUGCUGUUUAUAUUCAGGGCAGAAAAGAUAAAUGCAGCCUUUUGACAAGUAGUACUUCAGUAUGUAGUUGUGUUUUAUGCAGGCUAUUUAGACUAUGUGAUAUUAAAGGACUUAUUUAUACCCAAACUCAAUUAGUAUAAAAAAAGGCCUUGCCUUUUGAAGAUAGGACAGGGUAAGCUAGACCUCUAUGAUGUGACAUUUUACUUUAUAGACAGGCAGUAUUUUGUCUGUUUUAUGUCAGGAGAGAAGACUUAUCCCAGGAGAAGGCUUACUUUUGUCUGUCUUCUUCUCAUUUUUGUCUGUUACCAAAUGCAUUGAGGCCAGGUGUAGCAGCGGAAGCUUGCUAUGUGUCCAUGUAAGGUUAGAGAGAGAAGAAAGUUCCUUUUUGAUAGUUUUUAAUCCUUUCGUACUCGGGUGCUUUUGUUUCAUAGGAUGUCUGUACCAGGCAAACAUGAAAACAGCAGAAUCUAGGAGGAAUCUCCCAAGAUAGAUCGGGAAGUAUGUGUCUGAAGUUGGGGCGACAUUUCAGAAAGGACAUAUUUGUAUCCAGUUGGAGAGUUUUGCAUUGGGAUACAUUUGGAAAAGUUAUCCUAUUGAUCAGCGACUGUAGUCUUUUAUAAUAGGCUUCAGUAGUUAAAAUCUCCAUUAAACACACUGCUUCUGGAUAAGUCGGAAAAUAUAAAAUCUCAGUGCAAACAAGUUUUCAUUGGAUGAAGGGAAAUUAAAGUAGCAGAUCACCCCUCCACUGGACACAUGUACAUUUAUCUAAGAAUGUUGCUAUGAUGCUUGAAGGCUUAUUUCACAUCAGAGAUGUUAUGGAUUGUUUGGAGUAUUGUUCUUCUCAUACAGCAUUUUUCUGGAGACCUUAAAUGCAUUUUGGAAGAUGGAGACAGCCUUCAAGAUUCAGGAAAUCAUUUAUUCAUGGCUCAAAGCCACAGUCCAAGAAUACCUCCUCCAACUAAAAACAAGAGUACGGUCAGAGGAAGACUUUCCAGGGUAUAUUGAGUAUGAUUGCUCCUAUACCUCAUGAAUUACUUAGCAUGUCUCCUGAAAUAUACUGGAUAAAGCUGUAAACAGACACAUUUUACUUUGUAUAUACCAAACAUAGGAAUUUUUCCAAGGACGUCUAUACACAUAUGCACCCCUUCUUUCAGGUUUUUCAAGAUAAAUUGUACGAACCUAGCUACCAUGAGGAAAUUACCACAGUUGUUCUGUCUUCUAUAGAUAAAAACGUAUACUUCACGUGAAUAAACUCAAUGCUAUGUAUCUCUGGGUGCCAGUGCAAGUAAAUAAUUGAUACAUUUGACCAUGAGAUCAACUCUAUGGAAUAUAUAACCAAUAGAGAGUGGUGGACUCUUAGUGGUCUGCUCCCUUUCACAAAGCCACCCGUUCAGACCAAUAAAUAUCACUUUAACCUGGAUUGGCAAAGGUGAGCAUACUUCUUAGAACUGACGAGGUUGUCUUUUGCAACUCCACUGAUCCUUCUACUUCACGAGAUCAACUCUAUGGAAUAUAUAACCAAUAGACCGUAUAGUAACUUUAGACUUAGAACUAAUGCCAGUUUUGACUUCUUUGGUAAUACAGAUUUUUAGAGGUUCUCAAGAAUUGCCAUUUCCAGGUCAAAAGUAACAGAAGAAAUGAAGUUCCAUAUUCUGCAGUUUGAGUUUACCACAAUGCUACAUGUUUUCUCAAAGAUGUUAGUAGUGGCUGCCCAUAGUCAAAGAAAAGUAUUAGCAGUUCUUUCACUCAUGGACCACCAGAAACUGAAGACUUGUUCAAUGGAUGUACAGAUUCGUAGACAUGCUUCACUCUGUGUUUGUCAAUAGAGAUAAAAGGCAUCUGAAACCAAAACAGGCUUUUGUUGGGUUAUUUCUGACCUCUUUCCAAAAAAAUGUGUUUCUAACAUAUCUAAGAAAUAGGAGGUUUUGGGUUUUACUUGUCUCAAGUCUGUCACUGUGAUAGCUGAGGUCCUUCUCUAUCGUAUCAGUGCCAUGUUCCCCCGAGAAGUAAGAACUAUUUCUCUGGGUUGUCUUCUCCGUGUUCUUAGGAAAUCUAAGUUAAUUUGAGACGGAAAUACUGUUCCAAGAGUUCUGUUCUGGAGGAUUUCAAAUGGAAUAAGUUGCAGUGGAGUUAAGCAAAAGGGGCUUGGAAACACAUUUUGACCAUUAUUUCGCUUGAGAGGUUGAGAAAGUCUCCUCUGUUCAAUUAUGGAAAAUGCUAGUAGCAUGUAUGGUGUUCUAAUUCCCACAAGAUAGGACAAGUUGUAAAUUUUCCUUCAUUUUGGGCAAAUUGUUUGAAUCCAAGAGUGGUGGAUUCUUAGUGGUCUGCUCCCUUUCACAAAGCCACCCGUUCAGACCAAUAUAUAUCACUUUAACCUGGAUUGGCAAAGGCGAGCAUACUUCUUAGAACUGACGAGGUUGUCUUUUGCAACUCCACUGAUCCUUCUACUUCAUGCAAAACUCCUGACAAGGAUAAAUCUGAAACAUUGACAUCUGAUGACCACUUGGAGGUUGAGAUGAAUAUUUUAAGAGACAACUGUUCUCAAAAAAGUUAAAAUUUUGAAGAGUGGAAGGAAUCUCUCCUCUCCUUCGAAAAUAUUUUUAUAAAGUAGAAUAUGAAAUCAUCCAUUUGGUGUAAUUCCUGCAUUACUGCUCAUUUAAAAUCAUCGGCUAUACAGAUUCGUCAUUUUCUUUUAAACGUUUGAGAGAAUUGAAAUCCGUUACAGUUUGGGUUCAUAUUGGGUGACCUGUAGAAGUAUACAAUGAAGUCCAGAAUUCGACAUAUACCUAUUAGUGUUUUUCAGCAUUGGAAUUUGAAUUUCGCCAUAUAUCAUCUGACAGUACUGCCUUUCAACAUUUGGUCUUAGUGAUGUGAAUUUAGUUUUAGCAGAAAUAAACGCUUUGAUGGCAAACACUUAGCCACAAAGAGUGGGAGAGAUACAAGCGCUUUCUAUCAAACCUUUGUUCAUGUGGAUUUUUGUGGAUACAUUUGAGUUUUCACUUCCAGACUUCAGUCCCAAAAUCUAGUCUGCAAUUUCCAGGGCCUUGGAGAUGGUUUUGUUCAAGAUAAGAAAAAUUAUGAAAGUGGAGUUGGUAGACUGGCAUAUGGUGAUUGUUUAGGGAUAUCUCAAUUACCUUUUUCGUGUGCCAGUAGACCUCACAUUACAUGCAAUCAAAAAAUUGUUUGAGUGAUCAAGUUUGGAUUCAACUUACUCGAAGACGUACCGCAGAAGCCUUAAAACUCCUACACUGGCUGCAUCAAAGGGCAGGAAGGUGGAGGCUACUUGACAAGUAGUGACGUGGGUCAACCUGAAGACUUCACAGAAUUGAUUUGACCUCUUACAACGGGAUUUUGAGUGAGUACGUGGUAUAUGGUAUAGUUGUCUAAUUUUACCUCUCUAUCCCCCCUUUCUAUAAUAUUUCUCGGUACCUUGCUGCCAGGGAUGGCGAGGAACGUUUAAAUUCCUAAUCAAGAAUUUGUAAUCCUUGUUCAUCUGUUGGCAGCGCCUGGGUCACCCCUUCCUUGAAUACUUUUAUGUUUUUUUUGCAUUGCAUGACUUUCGCUGGCUUUUUCUUUAUUGAUUUGCCUAUAUCAGGGGAUAGAGUCCCAUUGUAGACAUGUAGCAUAUCCUGUCCUAUCUGUAGAAGGUAUAAAUGGAAGAAAUUUAGUAGGGUCUAACAGGCAAUGGAAUUUCACAGGUAGGAAUACAUUUUCUGAAUCUUUUGGAAUAAUGGCACGACAAGAGGUACCCUAUAGUAAUUGGGUAAAAGUCAUUAAAAUUGAGUGUUAUUGGCACCACCAAGGCAGGGACCUGUCAUGGUGUGGUGAUAGCUUUUCUUAUCAAGGCAACUGCGUUUAUUGUGGUGUUUGAACAUGUGUAGCUGGCAUGCAAAAUGCAUGACGGCAGUGUUGGGGAGUGAACAUCAACAUUUAAUUAUCUUGUGGACUUUUUCCUGGAGGAACAAGGAAAAAUUAAGUAUUUUGGUUACAGUUUCUUCCUUAUGAGAUAAAUGUGCUGUUAAUGAUGCGAUUCCAUUUACAUGUUUUAAAAUGCGUAGGUAUGCAGAGGUGUUGGUUUCCUCAGAAACCUCAAUGAACCAACUGCUUGAGAAACUUCCUCAAAAGAAGCUGAAUGGGGAGAAGUUGGAUGUGCGACCGGCCAAUCGGCAGAACCUAUCUUUUUUCGAGGCAUUAGCACGAAAGAGUAAGGCACUUGACAUCACCCUAUUAAUGUAUCCCACUGGUGGGUAACCUUUGGGUCUCCAGCUGUUUACUGGCUGAGGCUUGAGGGAACUACACCCCACAACAACCGGAGUCUCAAAGGUCAAUUGUCUAUGUGAGCAGGCACAAUGCAGAACCUAAUGUGUGAUUUGUACUUACAUUUGAAAACUUGAUUGUUCAAUUUAACUCUGAUGUUAAAACAUUGUAACAAUCCUUAUUAUAUAAUGUGGAUUAUUCAUGUUAAUGCUAUAAAGUAUCUGUCUUCAGUAUAUUUGUAUAUUCGCCAAAGAAAUGAAAAUGUUUUAAUACAACUGUGUUGUCUGUUUAUUGGGCCUAAAAAUUUAUUUUGUCCCCAACAAUAUAUAGAUAGCUAAGAUAUUGUGCUCACAAAACAAAGUGGCAGUCUAGACACCAUAACCACUAUGUGUUGGCACAGGAACCCCUGGUUGACCAAACUCAAGGGCAUGACACUUGGACUCUAAUGGCACUAUAACCACUACAUUGGCAUAUAGAGCUUAUGGUGCUUAGAGGGCCCUUGUAACUGCAUAUUAAUUAAAUAAAUAGAAUACCUAUUAGUAAGUGUGCCCUCGUGUAUUGUGAAAAUCAUCUUAUAUUUGCAAAAGUCAGUUUUGUAUAUUUUCAACAAGUAGUUAAAAGGUAAAUUAUUUUAAAUUGCCAACAAUAGGCAGAAUAUUUCAUUAUGUAUUUUACUCUAUUUACCCAUGGUUCCAUUGGUUUUUGUCUAGUAGCUGUUUGUUGGGGAGAAAUAAGUUAAACAAAGCAGGUGGAAUGGGUAGACAUUGUAGAAAUGCUGCUGUAUGUGACCAACCGGGCACCUUGUUAUUCUCGUCUGUAACAGGUCUCAUGUUGUUGAGCAAGUACAGUGUAAAGCAUCAAAGACAAGCUGGCUUAUCCUCAAUACACUGUCACAUGUAGGACAUUUUCACAUCUGCCAUCACAUGUAUGUAACCCCUAGAAACACGGUGCUUUUUUAAUUACACUCUGAGAGAUUUUUUAUUUUAUUUUUUACUGGUUUUGUAUGUAUACUUGAAUGCAUAGUACAUUUUUACUGCCCCAGAUAUUGGUGGGAUUGUCAUCAAUCCAGUAAUAACAAAAGGUAAAACGCCCUUUGCUGGUUUCUGAUGGGAUCCUGGGCUAGGUGUUACUCAAAUUGAUGUCCAUGAAUAAUGUGAGAAGUCAGUACACCAAAAAUGACCACAUUUUCAAUCCCCUUUAUUCAACUCCGUGGGCCAUGAAUAGACCUACUAGGGUAAGUGACGGUACACAUUUUGUACUUUAACUGCCUAGAUUUCGUAAUUACAUUAACCUUUCUUACACAUUAUUGAUUUGUUAUAUUGAAUAAAAGGUCACAUAUUGGCUAUAACUUGGUUUGUUAAAUUAAGACUCUAUAGGUGGUGGGAUUGAUUGUGUGAGGGAAUCUUUUACUCGGCCUUAUAAACCCUUUUCUUAUCUUUUCAGAAAUCCCUCCGCGUGCUAACUCCAAGGGCUCUGUGGAUUCCCUUGAUGGCACUGCAGCCCCUCCUGAACCUGGCAUACCCACACCACAAGCAGAGGCACCGAAAAGCAUACUGCCAUUCUAUGCCCGCCCUGCAUUCAUGGACAAUGCUUCCCGCAUUCCUGUUAUGACCCUUCAGCAUCCCCCAAUGUCUAUUCCUCCUCCUUCAUCUCCCAGCUUGGCUGCUGCAUACCGGCCACCUCCAAUUCCCCUAAUGCAGUUUCCACACCUUAUGCCCCCUCCUCCUAGGCUUCCUCCUCCUCUAGGCAUGCCUCCCCCAAAUACACUGCCGCCAGCACUUCAUUUAAAUCCCGCUUUCUUUCCCCCUCCUAACUCUGCCCUGGGCCCUCCUCCUGAUCCUUACAAGAUGCUGUCUAGUCCGUUCAUGCACAGUCGGUGAGUAAAAAGGCCGUAUUACAGGGGAGGUAAAAGGGGAAUGUUAGAUGGAUGCCAGUCCAUUUACAGUAAAAUAUGAAAAUAUAUAUAUUAAACAAGUACACAUAUUGAGAAAUGACAUUGCAGCGUGGGUGGCCCAUCUCCUUUGAUACAGACAUUGCAGCGCGGGUUGCCCAUUUCCUUUGAUACAGUCAUUGCAGUAUUGGUGGCCCAUUUCCUUUGAUACAGUCAUUGCAGUGUUGGUGGCCCAUUUCCUUUGAUACAGUCAUUGCAGUGUUGGUGGCCCAUUUCGUUUGAUACAGUCAUGGCAGCGCGGGUGACUUAUUUCCUUUGAUACAGUCAUUGCAGCGCGUGUGGCCCAUUUCGUUUGAUACAGUCAUUGCAGCGUGGGUGACCCAUUUUCUUUGAUACAGUCAUUGCAGCGUGGGUGACCCAUUUUCUUAUAUACAGUCAUUGCAGCGCGUGUGGCCCAUUUCCUUUGAUACAGUCAUUGCAGCGCAUGUGGCCUAUUUCCUUUGAUACAGUCAUUGCAGCGUGUGUGGCCCAUUUCCUUUGAUACAGUCAUUGCAGCGCAGGAGGCCCAUUUCCUUUGAUACAGUUAUUGCAGCGCCGGAGGCCCAUUUCCUUUGAUACAGACAUUGCAGCGCGGGAGGCCCAUUUCCUUUGAUACAGACAUUGCAGCGCGGGAGGCCCAUUUCCUUUGAUACAGACAUUGCAGCGCGGGAGGCCCAUUUCCUUUGAUAGUCAUUGCAGCGCGGGAGGCCCAUUUCCUUUGAUAGUCAUUGCAGCGCGGGGGGCCCAUUUCCUUUGAUAGUCAUUGCAGCGCGGGAGGCCCAUUUCCUUUGAUAGUCAUUGCAGCGCGGGAGGCCCAUUUCCUUUGAAAGUCAUUGCAGCGCGGGUUGCCAAUUUCCUUGAAUACAGUCAUUGCAGCACAGGUUGCCCAUUUCCUUUGAUACAGUUAUUGCAGCGCGGGUUGCCCAUUUCCUUGAAUACAGACAUUGCAGCGCGGGUUGCCCAUUUCCUUGAAUACAGACAUUGCAGCGCGGGUGGCCCAUUUCCUACAGUCAUUGCAGUGUUGGUGGCCCAUUUCCUUUGAUACAGUCAUGUGUUUCCAGACAGUUAGACUUUUAGAUGCUUCUUACUAGCUCUCUGACUGUGAUUGGUUAUGCUGUCUGUACAUUCUUGCUUUGCAUAUCAUAAUGGAUAAUAAGUGCCUUUAUCUUUUUAGGGACUUAAAGGGUCCAAUUCCACAUGUGAGUGAAGCAGAAUUUGAAGAGUUAAUGAACAGAAAUCGAGCUAUUUCUAGGAGUGCUCUAUCUAAUGCAGUCUGUGGAGCAACUUCAGGUAGUGCGGCUCUAAAUGCUCUUCUUUGUACUGUAAUGUUAUCCAUUCCUAUUCAGUAUCAUUUUCUUACUUUUCUAUCAUAGUGCUCAUUUCUAACUUCUGCCAUCUUUUAAUUUAGGUGACUACUCAAACGCCAUAAAAACUCUUGAAACAGCCAUUGCUGUAAUUAAAGAGUCACGUGUGGCAAGUGAUGACCGCUGUCGGGUGCUGCUGGCCUCUCUCAGAGACUGUCUCCAUGGCAUUCAAGACAAAGCCAAUUCUAUCAGGUACUACAAAGCAAAUGGCAGGACAGAGAACUAGUUAUUAUUCUCUUGUAUACAUCUGCACUUUACUGUGUUAAAAGGUGAAAUAAAACAGUAAUUGACUUCCAUAACAAAGUCACCGUCUCCAUGCUCAGUGUUGAUGGUGUCCUACAUAUAUAUACACACACAAAGCAAAACUCAGACAUUUGUAGAGUUCACCUUGACAGUCUUUGUAGAAGUAAUGGUAUGUUCCUCUAAGCAGGAAGCGGCACAGGUCCAGAGAUCGUUCACCCAGCCGAUCCCGGGAAGGCAGCAGCCGACGUCACAGAGACAACCAUGAUGAGCGCUCAGAAGAUUAUUACCAUGAGCGGCAUCGAGACAAGGACCGACAUCGCUGAGACAGGUGAUGAUGGGUAAUUGAAUGUUGAGACAAGGUCUGCUCACUGGUAUGUGAGAGAAUAUAGUUGGCACUAUGGAAAGAGUAGUCAGGGGACGACAUGAGUUCUAGAGAGGUUUUUGAACUACAGUACGUACAUUGGUAAAGAUGUUUUGUUUUUUAAUUGGUGUCUCUUCUUUGCAGGUCUACAGGAUGCACCAUAGAUGCUUUUUUUUUUUUACAUUUUAUUUUAUUAUUCAAUGGACUAAUGUCAUUGUGACCUAGAAAAUAAUACCCAGACCCCCCAGUUGAAUGAAGACUCCCCUUCCUUUAUCUUUGACCACUCUGAUUUUACUGCAUUUCAUGCUGGGACCAAUCUGUCUCCUCCAUAAAGCACAGAGCUCUCAUUAGCAUCUCAUCCAACAGCUUCUCCUGAAAAGACAAACACUUGCCAUUCUGCAAACCAGGACCUUGCCUUUGCCCCCCACUUUGGAUUUGUUUAAACACAGUUUGGAUCUGUGUUUUCUUUGUUACAUGUAUUUCUCUCUUUCUGCCUAUUUGUUUUCUUCUUUGUGUCUUGGAGAUCCAUGUGAAAAGAGAAACGGCUUCCACGCUUCAAUGUCCCUAUUCUUCAUGUCAUCGUUAUGUUGGUCUGAAAUGUAUUCUGUCCAGGUUUGCAAAGAUACAUUGAGUAUCUAAAGCUGAGUGCAUGGUGGACAAACUACUGAGCCCGUUAAAGAAAGAGAGCUAUCUACACAUUCACAUUCUUAUUUGGAUAAAGGAUAAUGAGAUGGAGGGGGUGGCGUAAGUUGAGGUUCCAGCUUGUGCAAUGGCCUGCAUUUGAGAGGGGUGGGAUGGGUAAUGCAUACAAAUUAGUUUUUUUAUUUUGGUUUGUUUUUGUUUUUUAAAGCUGUAUCAAGAUUUUUAGUUGUGCAUAUAUGAAGGGGCGUUGUACUAGCUUGAGGGAAACACAUGCAUAUCCUCUGCCCCCCCCCCAUCCAGCGGGGAGUCACCACCACCAAUUGCUCUUGUUCAUUCUCCCUGUCUGGAAAUUGUGAAAUAAAUUGAUAAGUUGUCAAUCUUUUA